UCCCUUCGGUUCCCCCACGCCACAUCCCCCUUCCCAUUCAUUCCCUUCCUCGUACCAGGCACGUUCUCCUCAACCACACUACUGCGAUAUUUCCUCGCCUGUGUCUGCAACCCCUCUUUCACCUUCUCCGUUAUCCCCGUUGUCUACUUUACCACCCACUACGAGCUUGACAACUGGCAUUGUCGACCAAUUGAGGGACUUGGACCUUCCGGCUGAUCGGAAACCACUCCCUCGACAUGAUGAUCCUCAGGGACCCUCGAUGGAUGUUGAUCCAGACCAUCAAGAUACCCAAUACAAUUCGCACAUGCCAUCUCCCCCAAGACCUUCUCUUUUGCAACAACAGCCCCAAGCCUCGGGCAGCCAUCCUUCCGCAGUACCAUCGGCUCAAUCGUCAUCUUCGAAUAAGAGCAGCUUGUUUGCCGCUUUCGGAAAAAAGAAGAAAACACUUGGCAUCUUUGGAGGGAGCAACGACAAAUCGGCAUCUUUGCCUCCAGUUGAAGAAGUUGAACUUUCGUCAGGUAAUCCUGUCUCUCCGAAACGGACACAAUCGAGCAGUACUGGGAGCAGGUCAAUUGAUGACCAGCGACAUCCGAAUGGUUCUGGGUUCGUGCCGCAUCUAACAGUGUCAAACGCAAACGGUCAUACGAUGGCGGCUGCCGAACCUUCACCAGAGGACGUUAAAAAAGCGAAAAGGGAAGAACGCCAGCGUGCUUCCGAGCGUCAGAAAGCCAUGUCCAGACGCGUCAUGCAGAACCGAGACGUGUUGCAUGACAAUCGGACUGCUGAUUUUGAGUGGCGCAGUUCAAUGACACAAGCUAUUAUUGGAUCUGGCUCCGGAGCUGCACCUCCGGCUGGUUCACGGAGACCGUCCGUAUCGAAUACGAGGAGAGCUCCACAUCCCCAUCCACCAAACGUGCUUGAUCCACGGAAGGACUUGCGAUUGGUUCCGCCAGUGAUCCGCGAAGGUGUUGAAGACCCGUCUGAUUGUCAGGUGGCGCCGGAUGGUAUUAGAAGUGCCAAGGCCCGUCGGAGAGACACAGAUGAUGAUCAUUCGCAGUCUUCCGUUUCUAUUUCUGUUCGUUCGAGACGACCCUCUGCAGGCACGAUGGAUUCAGACCCUGGACCUUCUCGGUCUCCUCCCCCUGCUCCUAGGUUGCGCGAACGGCCGAGCGAGUACAAUAUUCAUCGAGCAGCAAGCAAGACUUCUUUGCGGUCAGCAUUAAGCACGGGUAAUAGUUCAUUGCGGGGUUAUUCCUCUAGUGCACGAUCAUCCACAAGUUUAGAGCCUGGAGUGAUUACUGGGUUCGCGGAUAUGUCUGGUCUGGGAGUUCGAAGAGUUGCAUCGCCAUCUGAGAUCCCUCCGAACAUGCAUCCGCAGCACUAUCCUCAUCCCCAUUCACACUCACCUCUGGGGCAGACGAACCUUCACGACUCAUCUUCAGAUUUCAAUAGUGCCCUUCCACCUCUGCGGGUUCAAGCUGGAAACUCCCAAUAUAUCACACUCCCUCCUCUUUCGUCCAUUAGUACUAAUGGGAGCGCGCCUCCACACCCCCUAUCCGAUACGGGUUCACACGAAACUUUACACCUCGAGCAGGAGAUAGGGAUGGAUCCAGGAAGACCACCAGGGAGUCCCAUGCAUCCCAUGUUCCAAGAACGACCAUCACUACCGCCCUUCUCUCAUAUUGCCUCAAUGGCCGAUCAAGGUGCCGAAAUGUUAGACAACCCUUAGUGUUGUUGGAUAUUUUGGCAACGUCUCGUCACUGCACCUUGGUCCACCAGUUUUCUGGUUCUCGCCAUCACACCAUUCCCCAAAUCAACCGCUCGUUCUGUC